AUGUCUGUGGUUUCAUACAUAAAUCACCAAGCAGGCGCACGAUCCAAGGCUCUGUACAAGCAGGCAGCGAAUCUCCUGCUAUGGACGGACCGUCACUUUCUUUUCCAUCAGAGCAGCGCACAUCCCCGGUCUCCUGAACCGCGGGACAGAAAUGCUUUUGAGGAAGAGGAUUCCUCAAGGAGAGUGGAGGCUGCAUCCCGAGUCAGUUCGGAUGAUUUGGACCCGCUACGGGAGAGCGGAGGUGGAUCUGUUCGCCACGAGCGAGAAUGCGUACUGCCCGCUCUUCUUCUUCCUGUCUCACUCCCCACUGGAAGGGGACGCUCUGACAUCGCACUGGCCAGCAGCCAGGCUGGCCCACUCAACAAGAGCUAUCGCCGCCUCCUGGGCGUGGUCGAGAGGUAUGUCUAUUCAGGAUAUAUGCUUUGCAGCCGGCUGGUCUUCUCCAAAUACCUUCGCCAGGUUUUACAAUCUGGAUGUUCGGUUCUUAGCCUCCCAAAUGCUGUCGACUCCUCCAUUCCCAUCAAAGCAUCAUACACACCUGCAGAUACCACUGAAGAUGCAGUAAAAAGUGAUGCAGGCACUCAGUCAAACUCCUCCACUCCCACCACUUCACAAAACACAAAUAUCACUGAAGGUACCACAGAAAUCCCAUGUCAGUACAGCCUAAUGAAGAGUGUGAACAAAACCGAAGCUUAUGUGGUGAAUAUCAACGGCUCUAAGGACCAAAUUUACACAAUCAGGAUAAAGGAUAAGCACAAUGAGAUCCGUGCUGAGCAAAUAUCUAACCGAACUGCCUUUAAAAUUCCAUUUGAAUGGUUAAAACCAUGCACUGUGUACACCGUCAGUGUGGAUGACUGUAAACCCAGUGGAAGCAACACCUUUACUUCCAGUGAAAAUGGAGAAACUGUUCCGAAUACUGUUGUGACAAGCGUGACAGAUAAUAAAGUGUGUUUGAAAGGAAUAUUUAAUGAUAAUCUGAAAUGGGAUCUGACUGAAUGUGUUGAAAUAACGGAGCAAAACUCUUGCGCAUCCACACACACCGUUGUACUGGACACAUGUACCUACACAAUGAAUGUUGCUCUGCACCCAGUCAAGCCUGACAUAAACUUCAAAGAAACUAUUCCCUCUCAGUUUGAAUGGAUGAAUAAAUCAGCACGAUGUAAUGCUACGCUUAUCAUCAAUUGCACCAAUAAUGAGAACGACUGGCAAAAGAAUGGGCGAUUUCAGCACAGAUACACCUCAUUGGAAAUCUCCUGGAAUUCACUCGAGGGACAUCAAUGCUCAGGGUUUAAAUGGGACAGUUAUUCAGCCAACUGCAGUGAUGGAAGCAGUCAUCGGGGGAGCUGUACAAAACACAGUGGCACUAGUGCAGUCUGCAGGAUUACAGGAUUAUUGCCAUAUAAAAAUUAUACCUGCAGUAUUAUUGGAACAGUCAACCAAAAACAUUAUGUAAUUUACACCAGUGACAGUGCAACACUUUCUGCCAGUCAGUACAAACGUACAAAGAAUGGAGACGAAACAACAGACCAAGAGGUGAAUAUGAAUGGCUGCAAUGUUAUGGACAAAUACUGUGUAAAUGUUUAA